CAUCAUUUGUGAUUUUUGGUCACACCGUUUGACAGACGCGUGCACGGUGCAAUUGUGAAUCGUGUUGACUGAAAAGACUCCAGAGUAAUGUGAUAAAAUACUGUUACAUUAAUUCUGAAAUAAAUAUAUAAUAUACAACAAUGGCUGACCCUACGGUAAAUUGGGCCAACAUACCGCAGGAAAAUGAAUUCCCAAACUUUCCUGCCAAUGACAGCUUCAAUUUAAAUGAAAUGACUGGCUUCGAUGAAUUACUGACAAACUGCGAGAGCGAGUUAUUGAAAAAUGAAAAUCUCUUCAGUGAUGAGACCCUAUUGUCUCAAUUGGAAGAACCGAUACCGAUGGACGACGAUACCUUAGACUUCCUCGGCGUCAACAAUCGCAGGGAUUUCAAAGAUGUACCCAUACUCGAGGCCAGCAAUGCUAAGAAAGAUGUCACUCUGACUCUACCAUCUUCGACUCCUGCUCAGCAAUCAACCCCCUGUGUACCUGAUUCAAUUCAAGUGCAAACAAGAGCGCAAAGAAUAUCUGUUCCUCAGACUCCUACGGUGUUUAGCUCUCAGUACACCCUUCCUCAGAAUAUGAACUUUAACGUUCAAUCCCCAGUUGUGACCUUAGCCCCUGUUACCACCCAGCAAAGGCAACUCCUAUUUCCUGCUAAACUGAUCAAGUCCGAGUCUCUUGUCUACUCCACAGGGUCCCAGGCAACUACUUCAACAUCUGUACCACAUCAGAUUCAUACACUGGUCAACACGGCAAAUGGGACUGUGCUUGCUACAGGUAUUCCAGUCGUCUUGGAUACCGAGAAGGUACAAAUUAACAGAAUUAAUUCUGGAUCACAUGUCGGAGUACCUAGAGUCAGAGAGGUGAAGCGAAGUGCUCACAAUGCGAUUGAACGGCGCUACAGGACUUCUAUCAAUGAUAAAAUCAUAGAGCUGAAAAACAUCAUUGUUGGGGUAGAAGCAAAGCUUAACAAAUCGGCAAUUUUACGGAAAACGAUUGAUUACAUCAGGUUCCUUCAAAACACCAAUGCCAAAUUGAAAGCUGAGAACAUGGCGUUGAAAAUGGCUGAACAAAGGCAAAAUCUGCGCAAUAUUUUAGCCUGUGGAGAACUUACACCUCCACGCUCUGACAGCAGCGAGCCGUCUCUGUCCCCUGCUCCAGCAUCCCCAUCCCCACCAUCACCAUCUUCUUUGAAGGACGAUACAGAGUCUCUACAUAGUUUACAUCAUUCAAUAGUGCCACAGACCAAAGGAAUGAGGGAUCACACCCGUCUCACUCUGUGCGCUUUCUUAUUUGUUGUGUUAGCUUUCAAUCCACUCGGUCUUGUUAUGAAUAACAUGCGAAGAUUGAACCUUGAUUAUACCGAGGCACGAAUAGAUGGGAGAACAAUACUUCAAUAUCAAGAUCCAUCAGAUUUGGAUACAGGGGUAUGGACGAAUAUAUUCUUGUGGUUGACGAACGUAAUUCUUUUGAUUUGUGGUCUGAGUCGGCUUCUUCUUUGUGGUGACCCGAUGCUGCCUUUUGAUAAUAAAACGUCAUUAGAAUUAGGUAGAUGGAAGCGCCAGGCAGAGUUCAAUAUAUCUAAUCAAAAUUAUGAUCAAGCUUAUCGAGACCUAUGCCAAUGUUUGAGAUGUUUCGGACGUUCGCUACCAUCUAACCGUAUGGAGACAUUCUUCGCUACAGCCUGGCAAAUCGUACGACAAGUUUUGCAUAAAUUGUGGCUCGGUCGAUGGGUGGCUCAAGUUGCAAAGUGGUUUCAUGACAAAUCAGAAAGGCAGCAAGCACAAAUAUCUUCUCUAGAGUUAGCAAUUGUCUACCAGCACAUGCUCUGUCUUAGACUUUCUCAAGGAACGACCGAAGCCACUCUAUUCCUCGCACUUUCGGCAGUCAACUAUGGCGAAGCUGCUGAAGAUGCGGUUCCAAAAUCUUUGAUGGCCGAAUUUUAUGUAAAUGCAGCACUGUGCUUGAAGCAAGCACUCUUUCCUUUCAUCCGUAAAUAUUAUCUCGGCAAGGCGCGAAUGUUAUUGAAUACAUGCACUGUACCAGCAAGGUUGAAAUGGAUUAUGAGUGUAGAGGGAGCCCGUUUUCUCGCAUCACAGAAAUGGCAGUACGAUGAACAAUUUGUCUGCGACUUUACUUCCCAGCGUAGCAAAGCUGACCCCUUGUCCUUCGCGGCUCGGGCUUACCGGGAACACUUGAUCAAUCAAAGCCUCCGCCUUCUGACUGGCACUGCCGAGGACAGUCAUGCAUCAACAGUCCUUGAACUUGCUCGAAGUAUAAUGGCUUCUGCCGAAGUUGAGCCUUACUUUGUUGGUGAUGACAAGCUGACCAUAAAGAAAUGUGAAGAUGAAGUGGGGCUGUGGUGGGGUGCAGUGAUCUAUGUUGCUGCCAGUUGGAGAUUGGGUGAAGAUGACCAAAUAGCGUGGAGUAUUUUAAAGAGCCGAUUUCCUUUCGACAAGAAUCGUCAGCAACCAAAUGCAAGCUCUCCGAGCAACAGUACCAAUCCACUGCCCCGUGCUGUUCUCUUUACACUUCAGGCACGUCGGUCAACUAGAAGAACGGCAAUGAGACUGGUAGAUCAGGCGGGGGUUCUGCUUGAGCAUUCAAUGGCCUACUAUCACUGCAAACAGCAGUCGUCACAAAAUACUCUGCUUACGCAACUAUUGGUAUGCGACGGGCUCUUAGAGGUGCGCACUAGUUUAUGGCAAGAAAUGGAAGGUGAAUUAAGCAAACCGGUAUCAGGUCAAGCUCUUGCAGGCUUUCAACGAGAUCUGGCCUGCCUGCGUCAACUUUGUCAGCACAUACCGUCUGUCUUAACGAGGGUAUUCUUAUACGAAGCAACAGCUCGGCUUAUGGCAGGUGCUGCACCUGUCCGAACUCAAAUUUUGUUGGAUCGCAGCUUACGGCAUCGGAAUAUGCGUCCGUCUGUAAUAUGCGGCAAAGAUCGUUCCCAGGAACAGGGAAGCGGUGAAAGAGAACACGCCGCUGCUUUGUACCUCGCUUGCCGUCAUUUGCCCACCUUGUUAUUAGCUUCACCUGGUGAACGCGCUGGAAUGCUUGCAGAAGCGGCUAAAACCCUGGAAAGAAUCGGGGACCAGAAACGUCUUCAAGAAUGCUAUGAACUUAUGCGACAGAUGGGACCAGCGAUCUCUGCAAAUUGAAUAGCUGAGAAUAAUCCUUUUCAUUCUCGACAUCAUUAUUUUCCUCUUUUGCAAUAGCAAUUUACUUCAUUUUUCAUAUUCAUGCCCUGAGCCCCUUAUCAUAUGUAUUAUGUAUUGUAUGUAUACGUAUUUAUAUACGUAUGG